UCCCUACAGGAAACUACGCUGUUCAUCUCCAGAAAGAAACCCGACUAUUGGGCCAUAGCUGGGCGUAGCUUCUGCUAAACCAGGGGGAAUAAUUACUCUGCUGCGAGCGGCAAGGCAGAAGGGCCAGAUUAAGAUUAACUGAAUUAUCAUUUAUCGUGGACGUUGUUUCCGAGGCAGGAACAUGGCUGCCCAGUGUGUAACCAAGGUGGAGCUCACCGUGUCCUGUGAGAACCUCAUAGACAGCGACUUAGGCUCCAAGUCGGACCCCUUGUGUGUCCUUUUGACGUGCAACUCUGACUCCCAGUGGUAUGAGAUUGGACGCACAGAGAAAGUUCAGAAUUGCCUCAGUCCGAAGUUUGCCAAGAAGUUUGUCGUCGACUACUACUUCGAAAUGGUCCAGAAGCUGAAGUUUGGGAUUUACGACAUCGAUAACAAGACGGUUGAUUUGAACGAUGACGACUUUCUGGGGGAGCUGGAGUGCACCCUGGGGCAGGUUGUGUCCAGUCGGAAACUGACCCGGCUGCUGGUGCUGAAGAACAAGAAGCCAGCUGGAAAGGGAACCAUCACUAUCAGUGCGGAGGAAAUAAAAGAUAAUCGGGCGGCGUUUUUUGAGAUGGAGGCAAGAAAGCUGGAUAACAAGGAUUUCUUUGGGAAGUCUGAUCCUUAUUUGGAGUUAUACAAGCAUACAGAAACCGGAUGGCAGCUGGCUCACAGGACAGAGGUGGUGAAGAACAACUUGAACCCGACGUGGAGGCCGUUUCGAGUUCCCCUGCAGUCUCUGUGUGGGGGAGACGUGGAGAAACCAAUUAAAGUGGAGUGCUACGACCACGACGACGACGGCUCUCACGAUCUCAUUGGUUCCUUUGAAACCACGAUGAAGCGGCUCCAGGAAGCGUCUCGGACGUCUCCGGCCGAGUUUGAGUGUAUCAACAGCAAAAAGAAGCAGAAGAAGAAAGGCUACAAGAACUCUGGUGUUGUGAGCGUGAAGCAUUGCGAGGUGGUAAAGGAGUAUACGUUCCUGGAUUAUAUAAUGGGAGGCUGUCAGAUCAACUUCACUGUGGCUGUGGACUUCACCGGCUCCAACGGGGAUCCCAGGUCUCCUCAGUCCCUGCACUACAUCAGCCCUCAGGGCGUCAACGAGUACCUCUCUGCUAUCUGGUCCGUGGGGAACGUCAUUCAGGACUACGACAGUGAUAAAAUGUUCCCGGCGUUUGGCUUCGGAGCCCAGAUUCCGCCCACGUGGCAGGUUUCCCACGAGUUUCCUCUCAACUUCAACCCCUCCAAUCCUUUUUGUGCAGGUGUAGAAGGGGUGGUGCAGGCCUACAGGGCGUGUCUCCCUCAGGUCAAACUCUACGGCCCCACCAACUUCUCCCCUAUCAUCAAUCAUGUGGCCUGUUUUGCUAAACAAGCCAUCCAACAGACCACUGCAUCCCAAUACUUCGUCCUGCUGAUCAUCACCGACGGAGUCAUCACCGACAUGGAUCAGACGCGCAACGCCAUCGUCAACGCCUCGCGGCUGCCCAUGUCCAUCAUCAUCGUCGGCGUGGGAGCGGCGGACUUCAGCGCCAUGGAGUUCCUGGACGGAGACAACGGCUGCCUGCGUUCUGUGGCCGGCGAGGCCUCCAUGAGGGACAUCGUCCAGUUUGUCCCCUUCAGGGAUUUUCAGAACGCUCCCCGUGAGGCGCUGGCGAAGAGCGUGUUGGCCGAAGUGCCGGCUCAGCUGGUGGACUUUUUCUGCACCAUGGAGCUGAACCCACCAAAACUGAGUCCUGCCCCAGCGGAGACCCCCGCGAUGCCCUAAAGAAACCUGACGGAUUCCGCUUUUCAUCUCAUGCAGCUCUAUAUAACCGACAGCGCUGUCAAGUUAGUGUGCACUAAAGUGUCAAUCGAGCCAGCUGUCGACAGCAUCCAGGUUAGUUCGUUAAUUUUAUGUGUAAAAAAAAAAUAUAUAUAAGAAUCCUGGUAUCUGCUCUCUAUAUUUUUUUUAUUGUACUUUUAAUUAUUUUAUUGUCUUUGUUUUCCUUUUUAUGUAAUCUGGACUCUGAGUCUGUAAUAAAAUCUAUCACAAUAUAUAGAAUCCAGGACACAUCUGGACAAGUCCAGAUUUAAAGUUCUAAAUUUGCCCUUUAAGAUUUGAGUUUGCAUGGUAGUUUAAUCUAUAUUGUCAAAAGUAUUGAAAUGCAUUCCUUUAUAAACUUUUGUCCCAUUCUGAAUUCAUUGGCAUUGACAUGACGGCCCACCCUUUGCUGGUGUUUCACCUCCCUUUGGAAAGUGCCAUAGGUUAUAUGUUUGUUUUUUUUUACUUUUGCAUUUGUGAGGUCAGAUACUAAUGUUGGAUGAGAAUGUCAUAAUUGUGCCAAAG